GCCUGCGGAGACCGCCUGCCCGGCUCGCCGGAGCUCGCCGGCUGCUCGCCAGCCCGCGGGAGAGAGGAGAGAAUUCGAAUGCUUCCGCGGUUGGCUACUCAGUAUUCUGGUCUCUAAUUGCCCCUCUGCGGCUGGCGUCCCUAACACAGACACAUCAUUAUUUUUUAAUUCUUCCAAAGACUCAGAAUAACCUUCAAGCUGGCGGGAGCAAUGGUUCACAUAAAGAAAGGCGAGCUGACCCAGGAGGAAAAGGAGCUGCUGGAAGCCAUCGGAAAAGGUACUAUCCAAGAAGCUGGAACACUAUUAGGCAGCAAGAAUGUUCGUGUCAACUGUUUGGAUGAGAAUGGAAUGACUCCUCUAAUGCAUGCUGCAUAUAAAGGAAAACUUGAUAUGUGCAAAUUACUUUUGCGACAUGGAGCUGAUGUAAAUUGUCAUCAACACGAACAUGGAUACACAGCCCUCAUGUUUGCUGCACUUUCUGGUAAUAAAGACAUCACGUGGGUAAUGUUGGAAGCUGGCGCUGAGACAGAUAUUGUCAACUCUGUGGGAAGAACAGCAGCUCAGAUGGCAGCCUUUGUGGGUCAACAUGACUGUGUGACUGUAAUCAACAAUUUCUUUCCUCGAGAGAGACUGGAUUAUUACACUAAACCCCAGGGACUGGAUAAAGAGCCGAAACUGCCCCCAAAGUUGGCAGGCCCGCUGCACAAAAUUAUCACCACAACAAAUCUUCAUCCUGUCAAGAUCGUGAUGCUUGUAAAGGAGAAUCCUCUGCUGGCAGAAGAAGCAGCUCUGAGUAAAUGCUACAAGGUGAUGGAUUUGAUUUGUGAGAAAUGUAUGAAGCAAAGAGACAUGAAUGAAGUAUUGGCUAUGAAAAUGCAUUACAUCAGCUGUAUCUUUCAGAAAUGUAUUAACUUCCUGAAAGAUGGAGAAAAUAAACUGGAUACUCUGAUCAAAAGCUUGUUAAAAGGCCGACCUUCUGAUGGCUUUCCGAUAUAUCAAGAAAAGAUCAUUAGAGAAAGUAUCAGAAAAUUUCCUUACUGUGAAGCUACACUUCUCCAGCAGCUGGUGCGAAGCAUUGCUCCUGUUGAAAUUGGUUCUGAUCCCACGGCAUUCUCUGUACUUACCCAAGCCAUCACUGGUCAGGUGGGUUUUGUAGACGUUGAAUUUUGUACCACCUGCGGAGAAAAGGGAGCAAGCAAAAGAUGCUCAGUGUGCAAAAUGGUAAUAUAUUGCGAUCAGACCUGCCAGAAAACACACUGGUUUGCACAUAAGAAACUCUGUAAGCAUCUCAAGGACAUUUAUGAGAAACAACAGUUGGAGGCUGCCAAGGCAAAGAGUGAAGAGGAGAAGAAUGGCAAACUCGAUGUCAAUUCUAAUUGUGUUAAUGAAGAGCAGCCAGAGGCUGAAACGACAGUCUCCCAAGUGGACUGCAAUCCUAAAGAGUGUGUGGAAGGGGAGAGAGAAGCUCUCCAGUGUGAUGCUGGGCUGGAAGGCUCACAGGAUGCUACUGCAGGUCCACAGGUGUCUGAGGAGUGAAAGAGAACAAAGGCCAGCUUGGAUGCUGCUCACCCCGGCAGGUAGCUGGAGAACUCAACGUGACUGUGUCCUCACUGCCUGUGACACCCGCAAGGCACCGUGGCAGGAUUUCAUAGAAUAAGCGCUUUCCAGCAAAGCUCUGUCUACCAUGUCCUAGUUUCCUGCUGGUUUCUGUUCUAUAAUUGGACAGACAGUCCUAGGGAAAAAAAAAUUUUUUUUUCAAAAUAUAGGAGAAAUAUUUCUAUUUCCUUUCUGAGACCAGCUUUCCAGCAAUUGUUUUCAAAGGAAAAUAAAUCCCCUUUAUAUAAGAAAUACAGGCUCUAGGGAACAAAGGGGGCAGCGGAACAGGUAUAGGAGAAAUGAGAUUUUUCAGGAAAGAAAAACUUUUAUAGCCACAGAGAUGGGUAGUUAAAAGAAUCAUAAGUUAUAUGUGAAUAAAAUGCAUAUAAAUAGCACUUAGAAUAGUGAAGUUCUGCUGAUUAGGAUGUAACAAAAUGAAGAAAGGCUGUAUGGUAAAAGAUCUUUGUUAUAGUUCAGCUAAUUAUAGUUUUCUAUAGAAAUGAUCUUGAGUAGUCUGAACUUUAUGUUGUUCCUACAGUGAUGUUUUAUCUACAGUAUUUGUACCUUUAGAAAUGUCAAAUUUUUGGCAUUGUCAGAGUUAUCUCAGCAUGCGCAUUUAAAAAAAAAAAGUAUCAUGAAUUUCUUGAUUAAAUAAUGGCUAAACAUUCUGUUUCCACAAUUGUAAAACUAAUUCAUGUGUCAUAUUCCACUUGAAAGGCUGACUUUUAUCUUCCUGUAAGCUUUUCUUGUGACCUUCCCUGUCCAGAAACUGAUUUAUAACUAAUUUAUAGACUGUUCUUGCAUCAGUUUUUAGAGAGUAUAGUAUUUAAACAGAGCUAGAAUGUGAUAGCUGAAGACAGUGCUGUUUCAUAGUUUCUUGUGUUGAUUAUAAAAUAAAUUGUGCCUUUUAAUAUAACCAACUCACAUC